AUGGAACUUGCUUAUCCACAACAUCGCGGAAAGCUCACCACGCUCUAUAACACACUCUGGUACCUGGGAAGCAUUGUAGCUGCAUGGACUGUUUAUGGAACAGUAGGGUACGAAGGGCAGAAGGCAUGGCAAAUUCCUGUCGCUCUGCAGGCCUUGAUGCCAUUGCUUCAACUCAUUGGCAUUUUCACGCUUCCAGAAAGCCCAAGAUGGCUGUGCUCUAAAGACAGAACCUCCGAAGCUCGGGAUAUACUCUUCAAGUACCAUGCAGAGGGCGACCACUCUAACACUUUUGUUCUUGCCGAGUUCGCGCAAAUCCAGGAUACAAUUCGAUUGGAGCGGGGAGCUUCAGAGCAAGAAUGGUCAAUUUUCUUGAAGACCAGUGGGAACAGGAAACGUCUGCUACUGGUGGUCCUGACAUCAUUCUUCAGUCAGUGCUCUGGCAACGGGCUCGUGUCAUACUAUCUCCACGAUAUUCUAUCUUCGGUCGGAAUUAGCGAUCCCACGUACCAGUCUCUAUUCAAUGGAGGUUUGCAAAUCUGGUCAUUCUUGGUUGCCAUUGGAUUUUCCGUCUUCCUGGUGGAUAGACUUGGUCGCAAAGCAUUAUUCCUCACUGCGGCCAUAGGUAUGCUUGUCGUGUUCAGCAUUUGGACUGCUUGUUCGGCAGUCUACGCGCAAACGGGCAACACGGGAGCUAGCAGUGCGGUCCUCGGCAUGAUCUUUCUCUUCUAUGGUAUGGCUGGAUUUGCCUGGCCCGGUCUAAUGGUGAUGUACUGUUCCGAGAUUCUUCCUUACGGCCUACAUGCCAAGGGACUUGCAUUGUGCCUUGCUGUGACGGCCUUGUCCAGGGUUCUCAAUCAAUAUAUCAACCUUAUUAGCCUGGCAUACCUGGCGUGGCGCUUCUACUUUGUCUACAUCGUAAUCUUGAAUAUAGAGGUAUUAUGCAUUUGGUCUCUGUUUAUUGAAACGAAGGGGACAACGCUGGAGCAGGUUGCAUAUUUAUUUGACGGAGAGGAUGCAAUGGUUGCCGCAGAGCUUGAGGAUAGAAUUGAUAACAACGUGACGGUACUGCAGGAAAUUGGACUACAUAUUGAAUUCGUAGAAAGAAACUGGAUCAACUACAAAAAAAAGUGCAGCUGUUUUCCCGGGGAAUUUGCUAUACUGGGUUAA